AUGGAUCAGACUAAGUUUUGCUUUCGCAAGUUACGAAUUUUUUAUCUUUCUCGUAAUGAAUUAAGUGGCUCACUUCCUGCAAAAGUUUUUGGAAACUUCAAGGCAAUGAUCAAAUUAGAUAACGAAGACACAAGAGAGAUCAAGUACAUUGAAUCUAAGUCGAAUUUGUCAUUUGACACAUCGUAUAAGGAUUCAGUGAGUUUGGUAAUCAAAGGGCAGGAUAUUGAGCUACAAAGAAUCAGCACAAUUAUGACAACCAUAGAUAUCUCAAGCAACCAUUUUGAAGGUGUCAUUCCGAAAACACUAAAGGACCUUAGCUCACUUUGGCUACUCAAUUUAUCCCAUAACAAUCUCAUAGGUCAUAUUCCAAUGGAAUUGGGGCAAUUGAAUACACUUGAAGCUUUAGAUCUCUCCCGGAAUCGGCUUAUUGGAAAGAUUCCGCAAGAAUUGACAAGAAUGAACUUUCUGGCCUUCUUAAAUGUCUCUCAAAAUCAUCUCGUCGGACCAAUUUCUCACGGUCUACAGUUCAACACAUUUGAAAAUGACUCGUAUGGCGGCAAUCUUGAUUUAUGUGGCCCUCCUUUAUCAAAGAAAUGUGAAACAAGUGGUUCAUCACAUGUUCCUCAACCAUUGGAGUUUGAAGAAGAUGAAGUUGCUGUAGCAGUGGACUGUUAUGUUGGAUGA